AUGGCUCUCAUGUAUGGGAAGGGAAAGAUGCAGAGCAUGAACCGAAAAUCUCCUGAAACUGGAACGAUCCGUCUAUUUGAUCGCACAGACUACUACUCUGUCCACGGGCAGGAUGCUCACUAUGUCGCAACACACGUCUUUCGUAUCAACUCCGUCCUCGAGUAUCUAGGUGCUGGAGGCAAGGCUUGUGGUCUUCCGAGCGUCACGCUCAGCCACACCCUGGCACACUCGUUUUUGGAAGGAAAGCUUCCAAACGAUAAAGUUGCCAUUCUGAAGGAUUCUUUAGCCGCUAUUGGACGACGCAUCGAGAUUGUUCUUCAGAAUAAACAAGCUGCUGGAGAGGACCAAGAACGAUGGCGUCGACAUCUUUGGGUUUUCAUAACACUUCUCUGGCCCAAGAAAGUCAAGGCGUCGAAAUUGGGGGACAUUCAUACCAAAAUGGUGAUGAAGGAAGCUGCACCACAAGCGUCUGUGGAAGCCUCGACGUCUGCUAAGAAGCCUCAGCCCAUUACAGGUGGCAAGAGCAAUGGCACACCAUCUACCACGACGAAGGCCAAUGGCAAAGCCCAUCGAUAG